UCAAACCAUCUUCCUCUUCCUGUUCGCCGAAUCAAGGGAAGAGGUGACAGACUUGCUUUUUAUCCCCCGAGUUUCUCGAAGUCGCAAUUUUUACGGCUUCGCCUCUCUUUCGUUCACCAUGAGAGGCCUCGUCGCAUUCUCGCUCGCAGCCUGCGUUUCGGCAGCGCCGAGCUUCAAGACCGAGACCAUCAACGGCGAGCAUGCCCCCAUUCUCUCCUCGUCGAAUGCCGAGGUCGUCCCCAACUCGUAUAUCAUCAAGUUCAAGAAGCAUGUGGAUGAGAGCUCGGCCUCCGCCCACCAUGCCUGGAUCCAAGACAUCCAUACCUCGCGCGAGAAAGUUCGUCAAGACUUGAAGAAGCGCGGCCAGGUGCCGCUGCUUGACGACGUCUUCCAUGGCCUCAAGCACACCUACAAGAUUGGCCAAGAGUUCCUUGGCUACUCUGGCCAUUUUGAUGACGAAACCAUCGAGCAAGUCCGGAGGCACCCCGAUGUGGAGUACAUUGAGCGCGACAGCAUUGUCCACACGAUGCGUGUCACCGAGGAAACAUGCGAUGGCGAGCUUGAGAAGGCCGCUCCUUGGGGCUUGGCCCGUAUCUCGCACCGAGAUACGCUCGGCUUCUCGACGUUCAACAAGUAUCUGUAUGCCGCCGAGGGCGGUGAGGGCGUUGACGCGUACGUCAUCGACACCGGUACCAACAUUGAGCACGUCGACUUCGAGGGUCGCGCCAAAUGGGGCAAGACCAUCCCCGCAGGCGAUGCUGAUGUUGACGGCAACGGCCACGGAACCCACUGCUCCGGCACCAUCGCUGGCAAGAAGUACGGCGUCGCCAAGAAGGCGAAUGUCUAUGCCGUCAAGGUUCUGCGCUCCAACGGCUCCGGCACCAUGGCUGAUGUCGUUGCCGGUGUCGAAUGGGCUGCCAAGUCCCAUCUGGAGCAGGUGCAGGCUGCCAAGGAUGGCAAGCGCAAGGGCUUCAAGGGUUCCGUCGCCAACAUGUCGCUUGGAGGCGGCAAGACCAGGGCCCUCGAUGACACUGUGAACGCUGCUGUCUCUGUCGGUAUCCACUUCGCCGUCGCCGCCGGCAACGACAACGCCGAUGCCUGCAACUACUCGCCUGCUGCGGCCGAGAAGGCUGUCACGGUUGGUGCCUCGGCUAUUGACGACAGCCGUGCCUACUUCUCCAACUACGGCAAGUGCACCGACAUCUUCGCCCCCGGCCUGAGCAUCCUCUCCACCUGGAUCGGCAGCAAGUAUGCCACCAACACCAUCUCUGGCACCUCGAUGGCCUCCCCCCAUAUUGCUGGUCUGCUGGCCUACUAUCUCUCGCUCCAGCCCGCCACCGAUUCGGAGUACUCGGUCGCUCCCAUCACCCCUGAGAAGAUGAAGUCGAACUUGCUCAAGAUCGCCACCCAGGAUGCCCUUACUGACAUCCCCGACGAGACGCCCAAUCUGCUCGCCUGGAACGGCGGUGGCUGCAACAACUAUACCGCCAUCGUCGAGGCUGGCGGCUACAAGGCCAAGAAGAAGACCACGACUGACAAGGUUGACAUUGGCGCCUCGGUCUCUGAGCUUGAGAAGCUUAUCGAGCACGAUUUUGAGGUCAUCUCUGGCAAGGUUGUCAAGGGCGUCUCGUCGUUUGCGGACAAGGCCGAGAAGUUCUCUGAGAAGAUUCACGAGCUGGUCGAUGAGGAACUCAAGGAGUUUCUUGAGGACAUCGCUGCCUAAGCCUUAGACAUGCCAUCGGCGUUGUGAGCGUGCAGCCUGAGAUGCGUAUUUUGGUCUGGGAUUAGGGGAUAGGGAUUGUUUUUUUUUUCGUCUCUGCUUUUCUUGGUCUAUUGGACGGGCAUAC